AAUACCAAAUAAAUACAGUCCUCCGUAUCAGCGUUACGGCCCAGUACAAUUAGAUCGCGGCGGACACCAGAAUAUCCGAACCCCUUCCCUUCGGCUGUUGGUGGUGUACGCGCCGCCGUUCAGUACGUGGUCCUCUGUUUCUCCCGAAACCGACGCAGGGAAUGGAGAGUUUAUUGCAGGACUUCGAUUUGCCGCCGAAGCAUCCGUCGGAGGAGGCCCAGAGGCGGUGGAGGAACGCCGUUACUCUAGUCAGAAACCGUCGGCGCCGCUUCCGUUACACUCCGAACUUGGAGAAGAGAUCUGAGGCCAAAGAGCUGAUGGAGAAAACCAAAGAAAAACUGCGGGUUGGUCUUAUGACAUACAUGGCUGCGCUUAAGUUCCUCGAUGCUAUUGAUCAUAAGCAUCCGAAGGAGAGUAUACCUGGAGGUCAUAAUCUUGUUGGAAAUAUGAGGGAUGAGUACGAGAUGGGUUUGCCGGAAGAGGCACAAAAGGCAGGGCUCCGUUUUCACCCUGAUAAGCUUGCAACUAUUGUCGGUUCUUACGAUAUCAAGACUUUAAGGAACAUUGGAAACGUUGAAGGGCUUGCAGCUAGGUUGGGAGUCUCUUUGAGUGAAGGGGUAAAAACCAGUGAGGUGCCUAUAAGGAAAGUUGUCUACGGACCCAACAAAUACACCGAGAAACCUUCUAGAAGUUUUUGGACAUUUGUUUGGGAGGCAUUGCAUGAUUUAACACUCAUCAUUCUUAUUGUGUGUGCUGUAGUCUCUAUAGGCGUGGGACUUGCUACUGAAGGAUGGCCAAAAGGCACAUACGAUGGCGUAGGAAUUAUACUUAGUAUAUUCCUUGUAGUCAUUGUCACAGCUGUGAGUGAUUACCGCCAGUCAUUGCAGUUCAGAGAUUUGGAUAGGGAGAAGAAGAAGAUAUUUAUCCAAGUCAUCAGAGAGGGAUAUAGGCAGAAGGUGUCUAUAUAUGACAUAGUUGUUGGAGAUAUCGUUCAUUUGUCCAUUGGGGAUGUGGUUCCAGCUGAUGGAGUAUUUAUAUCGGGAUACAGUUUUCUGAUUGAUCAAUCAAGCUUGUCUGGUGAGAGUGUGCCAGUGAACAUAUGUGAGAAAAGACCUUUUCUCCUAUCCGGAACUAAAGUGCAGGAUGGUUCAGCUAAGAUGCUAGUGACUACUGUUGGCAUGAGAACCGAAUGGGGUAAGUUGAUGGAAACUCUCAGUGAGGGCGGAGAAGAUGAGACUCCGCUGCAGGUAAAGCUGAACGGUGUGGCCACACUUAUUGGGAAAAUAGGAUUGGCAGUAUCUGUACUAACCUUUCUGGUGUUAGUUAUCAGGUUUCUUGUAGAAAAAGCACUUAGACAUGAAUUUACCAAUUGGUCCUCAGCUGAUGCUCUUAUACUCUUAAAUCACUUUGCCACUGCUGUGACAAUAAUUGUUGUUGCUGUUCCAGAAGGAUUGCCUCUGGCAGUGACACUUAGUCUUGCAUUUGCAAUGAAACAGUUAAUGGACAACAAGGCACUGGUGAGGCAUCUUUCAGCAUGUGAGACAAUGGGUUCUGCUACUUGCAUCUGCACUGAUAAAACUGGGACGUUAACAACAAAUCACAUGGUGGUCACUAAAACAUGGGUUUCUGGAGAAGUUAAAAUAGUCGAAACUGGUGAAGGUAGGGGUCAAAACAACAUGAUGAGUCCAGAAAUACCGAAAAACGUAUUGGACAUUGUUUUGCAGGCAAUAUUUCACAAUACCGGGGCCGAUGUGGUCAAGGGUAAGGAUGGAAAGAGAUCAAUCUUGGGUUCUCCGACAGAAUCAGCUAUAGUUGAAUAUGGUUUGCUUCUUGGAGGUGAUUUAGAGAGCCAAUGCAGAGACUGCAAGGUGUUGAAAGUUGAACCUUUUAACUCUGACAAGAAGAAGAUGUCUGCUCUUGUGGUUCUUCAAGAUGGGAAGACUCGGGCUUUUUGCAAGGGUGCAUCUGAGAUCAUAUUGAGAACGUGUGAUAGGAUCCUUGAUGGGAAUGGUGAAGUUGUUUGUUUGUCUGAAGGACAGGCAGAAAGUAUUAUGGGUGUCAUCAAUGAAUUUGCAAGUGAAGCUCUGCGCACUAUUUGCUUGGCCUUCAAAGACAUUGAAGAAGAAGGUAAUCCUGAAAAUAUUACCAUCCCUGAUAGUGGUUAUACGUUAAUAGCGGUGGUAGGAAUAAAGGAUCCAGUUCGCCUUGGGGUAAAAGAUGCGGUGAAAACCUGUUUAGCAGCUGGAAUUCAAGUGAGAAUGGUCACUGGUGAUAAUAUCAACACAGCCAUUGCCAUUGCUAAGGAAUGUGGUAUAUUAACUGAAGAUGGCCUUGCCAUUGAAGGACCCGAUUUUCGCAGCAAGACUCCUAAUGAAAUGAAACAAAUAAUACCCAGAAUUCAGGUCAUGGCUCGAUCAUCUCCAAUGGAUAAAAACGUACUCGUGAAGAAUCUAAGGGGCAUGUUUAGAGAAGUGGUCGCAGUUACUGGUGAUGGUACCAACGAUGCCCCUGCCUUGCACGAGGCUGACAUCGGACUUGCUAUGGGCAUUGCUGGAACUGAGGUGGCAAAAGAAAGCGCUGAUGUCAUUGUCUUGGACGAUAAUUUUACAACCAUAGUGAAUGUGGCUAAGUGGGGGCGUUCCGUAUACAUAAACAUCCAAAAGUUUGUGCAGUUCCAGCUAACUGUCAAUGUUGUUGCUCUCAUGAUCAAUUUCAUUUCUGCAUGUAUCUCAGGUUCUGCUCCCCUUACUGCUGUGCAAUUGCUAUGGGUGAACUUGAUAAUGGACACGUUAGGGGCACUUGCAUUGGCCACUGAACCACCCCACGAGGGGCUGAUGAAUAGGCCUCCAGUCGGGAGGGAUGUGAGUUUCAUCACAAGGGCCAUGUGGAGAAAUAUCGCCGGUCAAAGCAUUUAUCAACUCUCUGUCCUCUUAGUCUUCAACUUCAUUGGGAUAAAGCUUUUGAGGCUUGAAGGUUCAGAUGCCCAUGCAGUUCUCAAUACUUUCAUAUUCAAUACCUUUGUUUUCUGUCAGCUCUUCAAUGAAGUAAACAGCCGCGACAUGGAGAAGUUGAAUGUGUUUCGUGGCAUAUUCGGCAGCUGGAUAUUCCUAAGUGUCAUACUCUCUACUGCAGUUUUCCAAGCGAUCAUCGUCCAGUUCUUGGGUGCGUUUGCCAGCACGGUGCCGCUUGGCUGGCACCUUUGGCUACUCAGUGUCUUGAUUGGAGCAGCAAGCAUGCUUGUUUCCAUAGUUUUGAAGUUGAUCCCUGUGGAACAAGAGGCUGCUAAGCACCAUAAUGGCUAUGAUCUGCUGCCCGGUGGCCCGGAUCAGGCUUGAAACAACAACAUGGGAGUGGAUGGAAGUGGUGUUUUGUUGGUCUGCUUUUGACAGUGUCUGAAGCAAGUUUUGAAGUAUAAUAAUAUUGGAAGCUAAUUAACCACCCUUCUCUUUAGGUCAAACAUCACCCGGGCAUUUCAUUGUGGGCAUCUUCCAAUCUAGGUCUAAAUUUUGCGCAAUUAGCUAAGGCCACACUACUUCAGGAACUUCAUAUGUUAUGUAUGUUGGGUCUAAUAACUCAUUAGCAUAUCAUAACAAUCAACAUACCCAUCAAUAAAGUAAUUAGAGUCCAAUAAGCAAUAAUAAAAGUGGGGGUGUUGU